AUGCUUUAUGGCAGCAAUUUUGCCUGGAUGUCAAUCAAUGAGGACUCGCCACCUGGGGACUAUCUAAUCAGACGUGCAGACGAUGCAUUUGUUCAACCAGGAAUUGAAUACGCUAAUCCGUCUGAACCAUCUGGUUACAAAGGUAUAAUUUCGUAUGCCACCACCUACGGUAUCAUGCUUGGUCGUAUCCUUGUACGUCAAAAUACCACGGAAGAUAUUGCGACCAUACGCAACUACGAAGACCAGACCUUCCUCAAAACAGUUCCUCGUACACUGUCUCAACCUUCCGUAGCACAAGCACCUAGACUGACACGUGAUCUUAUCGAUACCUCGAACGCCACUGAUAGAGUCACUGGCUACCUAGAACUGCUGGCCAAGAUCGGACAGUUCAAUCAACCCGAAGUACUUGCAGACCGGUACCGAGUAGCGUCCAAACUUGGUCUUGCUGGCAUUGCAGAUGGAGUUUACACUCCACCUCGGACAUUCAACCUAACUGCUGCUACCAUUGCAGCAAACGCAAGCAUCUCUGCAGCUUACUCCCAAAACUUGAUCGAUGUCGGCAACAACUGGGUCAUCCCGAAAGUAAAGUGCCAAGGCAUCUUUGGCCUCGAAUACGGCUGUCGUGCUUACCGCGCCCUCCGCGGUUAUCUGGGGCUAGUACAAUCUGAAAACCUCUUCAUCACGAACAAAUCGGACAAUUUGACCUUGAGCGCGACGUCGGCCUUUCUCUUCACCAUCUCUGGCAAGCCGCCGAUCAAGUCGACCGGAUUUUGGAGUUUGACUGUGUAUGGAGCGGACCAGUAUCUAGUGCCCAACGAACUGGGUAGGUACGUCAUUGGAGACCGAAGCACGCAGUUGAAGUAUGAGGAUGGUGGCCUGGUAUAUGGUGGUGAUGGCGGGCUUUCCGGGAACGGGAUGGAGGAUGGGCGAUUCCAGGUCCUAUUGCAACCUGCUGAUAUUCCCCCACCCAAUAACUGGACUAGCAACUGGCUUCCGGCCCCAGCGGGUGGCGGUAAGCUUCUAUAUUCGAUACGGUUCUACUCCCCAGCAGAAGCUUUCACCAAUGGGUCAUACAUAUUCCCAACUGUCGAAACCGUCGGUGCAAUCACGGCUUGA